AACAGACUCCGCCCCCCCGUUGCGUCUUUAUACGUUUCGUUUCUUUCGAACUAACGUUCCCGCGCUGCUUUGCUUAAACUGAUCAACAUAAUGGGGUCUUCGCUUGACAAACCGGCUGAUCGCCAACCACUUUGCCCGUUAUGUCACUGCGAGUGCUGGGAUCUGAUCACACUGGAGUGCGGCCACGGAUUUUGUAGGAAAUGUGUUAAAGAGCUGUGGAGUGGCGCAUCCGUGGGCCCUUACUACUGCCUGGAAUGCGACCAUGAAAUCAGGAAGCUGCCAGACAUCGGAGAGACAGACGGGGCGUCAACAUCUACAGGCACACGCACAAGCUGGAGCCUUGGAAAGCGCCUCUCUGAGCACUACUCGCCCAAAAAUUUGUUAGGAAAAAGGAAGUUUAGUUCCUCAUCCUCCAGACAGAACAGCGGAGGAUACAGACGAGGCACAGGUUCAUCUGAGAACCAUGUAGUUAUCAUCGAUGACUCUGAAGAGACACCGGCAAAAAAGAAAGCAACCACAGAAACACCUUCAGUGGAAAGACAAAGAACAUCUCCUGUGCGGGACACUGCUUCAACUAAAACUACAAAACAAGGAUCCGUAGCUUCAACUAGUAAAUCAUGUACAGAGAAUGGGCAACAAGAGAGAAAGUUUGGCGAGGCAUCCUGUAGUGGAAUACAAGAGCCACCACUACCAGCCAACGCAGAGUCCAAGCAGUCCCUACAAAAAUUCAGAAGCUCAUCCAACAGCAAUGAGGAACACACAAGAAGUCAAAAUAAGAAGGCUUCGGAAUCUUCCAGCAAUUCUAAUGAAUCCAGUGAAAGGCCUUCAACUGGCAGCUCCAUAACCUGCCACUACUGCUCCGGCCAUGAGCAGAGGACGGCUGUGAAGACCUGCCUGGUGUGCGGUGCCUCCAUGUGCUCAGAUCACCUGCGGGUUCAUCUGGAGUCACCCGUGUUCCAGAGCCACCCACUUGUGCCUGCCGUGGACGACGUGUCACAGUGGAGAUGCCAAGAGCACCAGGAGAUGAACCGCAUCUACUGCCGUCCUUGUGGGGUGUGUGUGUGCACCGUUUGCACUGUAAUUGGCUCGCACAAGGAUCAUGCCUGCAUCAGCAUCAAAGAGGCUGAAAAAGAACUCAGAUCCACUCUUAAAAGUGAGAUGAAAAAGUUACAGACAAAGGAAGCAGCCAUCUUAAACCAAGUGAAGAAGCUCACAGAGAAGAAAUGCAGUGUUCAGAAGUCACUGGAGGGUGUGCGUGCAGCAGUAGCACAGCAGUAUCAGGCCAUGGGAGAAGCUCUGAAGAUCGAGGAACAGCAGGCUCUGCAGUGUGUGUCCCAGGAAGAGAACAGAGUGCUAAGGAGCAUCCAGGCUCAACUUGACAUGCUUAAUCCAUCCCUUACAACUAUUCAGCACACUUUCCAUCCACUGUCUAACUUAUCAGACGCACAAGGAACAUCACGGGUUCAGGACCAGGCCUUCAUCAUGGAAUACAAAAAAAUAACCGAGUCUUUGAAUGGCUUGGCCAACCCUGUGGAGAAUCUGGACUCAGUUGAGGAAGUAAACCAGGGCAGGAUGGACUGCCUGCAGGACUGGGCAGAGAAGAGAUUGGACCUUGUGGUCAUUUCCAUGCCUCACAGAGACCCUUUUAGACUGUUGUACGGCUUCAGUCCAACCCUGGACCGUGACACGGCUCACCCGAAGCUGCUGCUCUCUGCUGAAGACAGGUGUGUGGAGUACAGUGAGGUGCAGCAGGACUACCCUGAUCUAGAGGCUCGCUUCAACAUCUUUCCCCAGGUGCUGGGUACAACUGCAUUAUCCCAGGGCCGUCACUAUUGGGAGGUGGAGGUACCUGUAGACGAGGGUCGUUGGAAGGUGGGUGUUUGUGAUGAGCACAUAGGCAGGAAGAGCCAGAAGGAUGCCUCCCGUCUUGGCUUCUACCCAAAUUCCUGGUGCCUGGUUUAUGAGAAAGGCAAGGUGGAAGCACUGCACGAUAAAGCAACCUCACCUGUGUGUGCCACUGGACUGCAGAAGGUGGGGGUACUUUUAGAUUUUGAAGAGGGUAGCUUGUCUUUCUUCAGUGUGGGUGAAGACGGUGCUCUUACUUUACUGUACAGCUUCCAGCAUGAGUUCUCUGAGCCGCUCUUCCCUGCUCUGGCUGUGUCCAAAACAAAGCUCACUAUCUGUAACCUGUAUGCUCGAUCCACCUCAGACUGAAACAUGUCAAUAUGGGAAAUUUUAAUAUGAAAAAACCUGCAUUUUAUCUAAACAUUAAAUAUCAUCCACAAAAAAUUUAUGAGCAAUAACUGGGUAUUCCAAUCCAUAAAACUAUGUAAUUUUUACAAUUUACAAUUUGGUUUUUUGAGGAAAAAAAUUUGGCUCAACUAUAAAACUACCAGAAAGUACACAAUAAAAAUUAAGGAUAUUAUGUUUUUUUUCCUGCAUUUGUAUUAAAAUCUUUGUUAGAUCAGCAAAUUUUGUAUUUUACUAUAAAACAUUUAAGAUUUCUAUAAAUAUUUCAAUUUCCUUUUUGUAAACUCUGUGUGCUGAGUAGGAUUGCAAAUUCACUUUCAGAAAGCUGGAUCAAUGCUUUAUUAGGGAUACUUAUGUUGUUUGUAUAUAAGUGGGAGUAUUUUUGUACUUCUUGUAUAAGCUUCCCAGCUAAUCUUAAUUAAACUGCAACUGUUUUUUAUUAGUAUUUCCUUAUCAAAUAUGUCAAAAACCCUAAAUCUUAUCAUUGCUACUCAUGGAAUUUCCUGGAUAGAGCUGGAUUCAUUUUGUACUUAAUGUUGUCUUAUAAAUUUUAUAACCUGCUGUUCUAGUCAUUAUUGUAAAUGCUAUUCAAGAGUA